AUGGGGACCGCAAAAAUCCUUGUUGUCGGGAGCAUCCGUGGCGAACUGAAAAAGGCCUUCGACAAGAUCUCGAAACUGCAAGCCAAACACAACUUCUCUUUGGCCAUUGUCGUCGGCGACCUUUUUGGUUCUCCCAGUGAUGAAAGCGACAAAGGCGACGACGGCGAGCUGAAGGAGUUACUCAGCGGUCAGAUCGACGUGCCCCUUCCGACGUAUUUUACUGUCGGCGACUCUCCAUUCCCGGACACUGUCAAAGCAAAGCUCGAAGAUGGCGAUCUCUGUUCAAAUCUGUUCUAUCUUGGCCGCAAAGGGACCAUGACCACUACAGAUGGUGUGAAAAUCGUGUCACUCGGAGGCCGACUCAAGCAAAAUGAAGCUUCCCUCACCGAGAAACUCGGGCCCUAUGACCCCUGGUAUCUCGACAGCGAGGCAAGAGGUCUUCACGGCGCCCACUCCGCACAUAUUCUCGUCACAAAUCAGUGGCCGGCAAAUAUCAGCAAUGGGUCGCAGAUCGAAUUGCCUCCGGCGCUCGACGAGACUACCGGCAGUCAGUCCAUCGCCAACCUUUGCCAGGCACUCAAGCCAUGGUAUCAUUUCUCCAGCAGUCCAAGUGCCUUGUGGGAGCGGGAGCCCUUCAAACAGAUCAUUGAGUACACCUCGUUUGAUCAACCAAGCAUCACAAGGUUCAAGAGUUUGCCGAGCGUGUCGGCACCCACAAAAGAGUGGAUGUCGGCGUUCACGCUGGACACUUCACGCCCUCCAGCGACGGUGGAUGCUCCGCUUGAGUCACCAUUCAUCCGGUCUUCGCCACCAAGGAAGCGACAAGCCGCCGAUGACAGAGCUUCAUAUCGAGACGGCGACGGAGACGGCCAUGGGCCACGGAAUCGCAAGCGUGCCCGAAAAGGUCUACGCAAUGACCCCAAUGACUGUUUCAUGUGCCUCAACAAGCCCGGUGCCAAGACCCAUCUCGUCGUGUCUCUGGGGGACGAAAGCAUGGCCACAGUCACUAGAGGCCCGUUACCGAUGCCGUCAACAUUUCCGCAGUUAUCCUUCACCGGCCACGUCAUGAUUAUCCCAUACUACCACGCAGCGGAUGAGUUGGCUCACGGAAAACGAUCACCCGAGGAGAUGACCGCCGAAUUCAACGAAAUGAACCGGUUCCGAAAGGCUCUGAGUGUCAUGAUCGGAGCGAAAAGCCACGGCCAGCUGGGCGCUGUCUGCUGGGAAGUCAAUCGAACCGGCAUCCGGCAUUUCCACUGGCAACUCAUUCCGUGUCCGGUGGAUCGCAUCAAGACGGGCAUGGUCGAGGCGGCCUUCAAGGUCAAGGCAUCCCAGUACGGCUACCCGGACUUCCAGUCCUGUGCUGCAAACGCCCAGCUCCCACAGCGCUCGGACUACUUCCGCGUCUGGACCUGGUUGGCCGAUCCCGUCCAACUCGCCGACCACGCCAACGGCAACGCGAAUGACGGCGACGACGUGGGCGUGGCGAAAUCCAUCUUCUUCCCCUUGCCCACGGAUCAAAAAUUCAACAUCUGGUUCGGGAGAGAAGUCAUGGCUGGCCUGCUGCAAUUGGAACACCGGGUGAACUGGAUGGACUCGAUCCUGACCAAGGACGGCAGCGAUCAGGCCGCGGAGGAAGAAGACGCGGCUGGUCUCCGGGCCGAUUUUGAGGAAUUUGAUUUUGCGAUGAAGUGA